GAAAACCAAUCGAAUGGCUGCACUUUUUGAUCGUGUAUGUUAUGCAAUGUGGGGAAUAAAGUUAAUUAGUAAGUUCAGAUUCUAUUUAAUGCAGUCUUAAGGCACUGCAUGUUAGGGAAAGAAGCAUACAGGACUGUUUCCACUAGUUUUCUACUAGACAGCUUAAUUCAGUCAUGAAGGUGUGCAUUAUUGGUGCGGGGGUCAUCGGUCUCUCCACUGCUCAGAGCAUCUACCAGCACUUCCACAGCAGAGUCUUUCCUCUGACCAUAGAGGUUUAUGCUGAUAUCUUCACUCCUCUGACCACCAGCGAUGGGGCAGCUGGACUCUGGCAGCCCUAUCUCUACGACAAGGGCAACAUCAAAGAAACUCAAUGGAACAAAGAGACCUUUGACUAUCUACUGAGUUUCCUCACCUCUCCAGAUUCAAUCAAAAUGGGAAUCUUCCUUCAGUCUGGCUACAAUCUGUGCACUGAAACUGCAGCAGACCCCUCAUUUAAAGAGACAGUGCUGGGUUUUCGCCAACUGACCAGUCGUGAAUUAGAGAUGUUCCCGGGUUACAGCUUUGGCUGGUUCAACACUUCUAUCAUGAUUGAAGGAAAAUCAUAUCUGCCCUGGCUAAUGGACUGGUUAAAAGAAAGAAAUGUCAAGUUUUAUCAAAGAAAGAUUGAUUCAUUUAAUGAGUUGUCAGCCAGUGGUGCUGAUGUGAUCAUCAACUGCUCUGGUGUUCGUUCAGGAGAGCUGCAACCUGAUCCUGAGCUUCAGCCUGCCAGAGGACAGAUCAUUAAGGUAGAUGCUCCCUGGAUUAAACACUGGAUCGCCACACAUAAUUUCUCAUCAAGGGGUAAUUCAGCUUACAUCAUACCUGGGAGUCGUUUGGUCACUGUUGGUGGAGUUUUCCAAGUGGGAAACUGGAGUCGGCUGAACAGUUCUGUUGACCACAAACAAAUCUGGGAAGCCGCCUGCAAACUUGAGCCCAGUCUACAGCAUGCGCGGAUAGUAGAAGACUGGACUGGUCUCAGACCUGCACGCAGUAAAGUCAGACUGGAGAGAGAAUCCAUAAGAUCUGGAGGACACUCAUUUGAGGUCAUCCAUAACUAUGGACAUGGAGGUUUUGGACUGACCAUCCAUCGUGGGUGUGCUGAGGAAGCUGCUCGGCUCUUUGGACAGUUCCUGGAGCAAAAAGGAUUUCUUGUGCAGUCUAAAUCACAAGCAGCACAGGCUAAAUCACGUCUCUAAAAGAUCUGAGCCUCUUUGAGCAGUGUUAUGAUUAAUCUCAUCAGACAUCAGCAAUAUUUUCCCUAAUCUCAUAACGGCUGUCAGACUGAUUCCAUAAGAUAAUGAAUUCAUUGAGUGCAAAAAUAUGUACCCGACUACUGGGAUCUGCUAUAGCCUACUGUCAGUGUUCAGAUAAUCUAUUACUCAUUGAUUUAAAAGAAAUUGCAGAAAUGAAUUGUCAGCAAUUUACUCUUUUAAUAUAUAGUAAAGAAUUAAUGUAAAGUUUUAUGCUUUUUUAAAUUUAUAUUUUACUGUUAUUAUCCACAUGUGCUCAGCAUAUAUGAGUACACCCCCACAAAUCUCUUAUUUAAAUGAACAUUUUCUAUAGGAAGCUAUACAAUAUUAUAUUUGUGCAUAUACAUUAGAUUAGUCAGUACUGAAGCCAAAUCUGGAUCUAACAAAACAACUUUGUUAAUGGUUCAAAAAUGAGAAGGCCAAAUUUAUUUGUUAGGGGAAAAUAUUAAGUAAAUUUUUCAAAAAUAGCAAAAAUCAGGAGAAACAAAACAUAUAUACAAUUUUGUUGAAAUUUUGUAGGUUGUAAUUUUUUUUUUUUUGCAAUAUUUUGCUUGAAUUUAAAUGUUUUAUCUUUUCAUUUUUAAAGAUGUUCUGUGACUAAAAUAUUAUUUUAAUAAAUAUAUCUGUUUUGUUCAACACACACACACACACACACACACACACACACGUGUAUAUAUAUGUGUAUAUACCCAUAUUCACUAAGAAAUGGAUAAUAAUAUUCAUUUUCAAAUUGAGGCGUACUUAUAUAUGGUGAGCACUGUAUGUCAAAUAUACAAUCCUAUUAACACAUUGAUUUGUGUUCAGUGUUUUCCAACUUGAUGUGAUGUGGAUAUGUAUCCUAAAAAAGAAAAUUAAUUUGGAAAUUGGAUUCAGAUAAAACAUUAUUUGUCUUGAUUUUUCUUUGUAAAAAAAAUCUAAUUUAUACAAUAAAAUGUCCAUUGUGGCUCAAA